AUCUAUCACUACAUCACUACAAAUCCAUAUUUUUGCUGCCAACAAAUAUGACACAAUUUACAAAAAUCUUCGUAAGACAUGUCGGUGUUUACAUGAUCGGUGUAUAUGUGUUUUAGAUUGGUACCAUCCUGUUUGAACAGGAUGAGUAGAUUCGCGUUGUCGCGUAUAAGAUGCUUCGGUAUCUUUGCAUACGUCUGACAAAGAUAGAAGCAAUCGACGCCUGCGUGUCUGCCCAUCGCAAAGUAUUCUCUUAUCGUAUCCUGCUUGUCACACGCCACGUCAUCAAAGAUAAAAAUGGAAUUUGGAAGCGCUUCGCUCGGCGAAAGUAUCGAUAUUUCGGUUGCAACGAUUUCGAGUACACGUACACGUUCUCGAAGCGUACACCGUGCGGACUUUCCAGCAGGCUAAUCAGCACGUUCGUCUUGCCGCAAUUUGACGGACCACAAAUAAUACCGCGUAUAGAAACCGGUAACAUGUUUCCAUGUCGCCGUACCUCUUUUUCAGACAUUAACCUUUCGUCGAAAUUAGUCACCGUGAUUGGCGGCGAUUGUCGCACGAACCGCAUGUUAUCUCCGAAAAAAUGAAUACGAUUUCGAGAGAGCCAGCCUAUUUAUAGCAGGACAUUGCACCGAGACGCUCAGACAUGUUUCUGCUUUUGUCGAAUAACAGUGACAUAUACGAUUUAACAGCAGAACAGUUGAAGUAUAUACCAAAGGUCAUUCUAUUGCAAAAAUUUUAUAAUUGCAUAGAUUAUGUGUGGGAUAGACUUCCCGACCAUAUCAAGACAGAUUCGGAAGUUG